AUGUCUCAAUUCGAAGUUAGACUCCGUAAUAUUCCAACGCUCACACAAGUUAACAUUCCAUCGGAAGAUGAAUUAUGGGAGCAAGUCAAAUCUCUGAAUUUACUACACCCAAAUGAUGAUUUAAAGGAGUACAUUAAUUUCAUGAAAACAUUCGGAAGUGGAAAAUUAGGAAGAGUUCAUAUCUACGGUCUUUACCCUGGAUCUACUUUUCAUCAAUUUGAUAUCCGAUUUCACACCAAACGAAUUCAAAAUGUAUUUCACAGAAUGUUGAAUCCACAACAAGAAGAAAUUACAAAUGAUGAUUUGGAAGAAAAUAGUGAUUUAGAUCCACUUGAUGAAUCAAAUGAAAUCAAACAAACUCUUCUCCGUCAAUAUUAUGAUUCACAAUUCAGUAAGAUGAUUGUUUUUGGGAGAGAUUCCAUCGAAGAAACUCUUUACUAUGCAUGGCAUUGCGAAAAACCUCAAGAAAUUUAUCUGUUAGAAGUUGAUGAAUAUGAAAAUGAUGUUCCUCCACCUCGAUGUGUCUGUCGAGAAUGGAAUGAAUUUGUUGAAAGAAUGUGUUUCGGUAAUUUCAUAGACGAAGAAGAGUAUCAUAGUGCAAGAUUUAAUCGUCAAGAAACAGAGAUCUCUGAUUCUGACAAUGAAGAGAAGCAAGAGCGUGAAAUUGAACGAGUAUUUAUACCAAACAUGACACUCAAAAUUGUGACAGCAAGCGAUGAAUAG